UCCUCUCCCAGUCCUCGCUACGCUAGUGCUUACAGUGACUCCAAGAAGGUCAUCCUUCUUACGCCGGCGCAUGAAUUUAGGAAAAGAAGCUUCACAGACAUUUUAACAAACACGAUAUGGGCACUGUGUUUUCUCUGCGCGAGUUCCCAUUUCUAUGGCUCGCCGUUCACUUGCUGCUGUUGAUGCUCCUCGGAGCAAAGGCGAGCACAUUCACAUUCGUGAACAAAUGCGGGGAAACUGUUUGGCCGGGGAUCUUGUCCAACGCCGGCAGCCCGGGGCUGGAGUCCACCGGCUUCGAGCUCCCCGCCGCCUCUUCCCGCGCUUUUCAGGCGCCCACGGGGUGGUCUGGGAGAUUCUGGGCGCGGACCGGCUGCUCCGCCGGCGGGGCGUGGUCCUGCGCCACGGGCGACUGCGGGUCCGGCCAGGUAGAGUGCAACGGCGCCGGAGCGGCUCCGCCUGCGACGCUCGCAGAGUUCACGCUCGCGACCUCAUCCGCCGGGCGGGACUUCUACGACGUCAGCCUGGUGGACGGCUACAACCUCCCGAUGGUGGUGGAGGCCAGCGGGACCCACGGCGCCGGAGGUUCCUGCGCCACCACAGGGUGCGUGGCGGACCUCAACCGGAUGUGCCCCGCGGAGCUGCGCGCCGCCGAGGGCGAAGCCUGCCGGAGCGCGUGCGAGGCCUUCGGCACGCCGGAGUUCUGCUGCAGCGGCGCGUACGCCAACCCCACCACCUGCCGGCCGUCGACCUACUCCCAAAUUUUCAAGUCGGCGUGCCCUAAAUCCUACAGCUACGCCUUCGACGAUCCCACCUCCACCUUCACCUGCGCCGGCGGCGCCGACUACACAAUCACAUUCUGCCCUGGAUCCGCCACAAGCCAGAAAUCAUCGAAGGACUCCUCGACAACGACUGCGACUUCAGCAUCUACAGACAUCGGCGGCGGGCUGACUGUGGAAGACGACUCUUGGCUCGCAAGCUUGGCCACCGGCGACGCAGCCACCACAAGAGCAGCCGUCUCUAACUUGUACUCCUCGUUCAUCACAGCCACAGCGCUGGCGUGUACACUGCUCCUGCAAUAGCAUCGUUAUAAAUUACAUAAUUCUCUAGUUGUCCUGUUCGAUCUCUGCGAAAUUGUUUCUUCAAACAGAGGUGGCGGUGGCGAUGAUCAUACGAUGUUUCCACAAUGGAAUUUUGUAAAUAACAACAACAAUAAAAAUUGA